AUGCAGGACGAUUUGGGAGAGUUUUUACUUUAUGAUCUGCCUUUAUUCGUCGGAAUACUCGUCAUCGGAACAGCAGUAAUUCUAUUGUACAUCUUUUGGUUCGCAGCGGACAGCAAUUUUAACCGCCAGCUGGUGAACACGUUGUGGAUGAACCGCCGCCGCCACAACACGGGGGUUUCGGCCCUCGAUCUGGAGAAGCUGCCGAAAGUGACAGGUAAAGAUUUGGUGUUUGCGAGUGAUUGUGCGAUUUGUUUGGACAAAAUCGAGAGCGAGCAACCGGCUAGGUUGAUUCCAGGUUGCAACCAUGGCUUUCAUCUAGGAUGCGCCGACACGUGGCUGUCUAAGAACCCUAAUUGCCCUGUCUGUAGGGCCCACAUUGGGCCCGAGUUCUUCAAUCCACCGGAAACAAAUCCUUGCUAG